AUGAAAAAACUAAUAUUUUUCGUCUCUGCUUCAGCAGCAAUAAUACCCUUUUUUUACGAUAACUCAAGUCCCAAAACACCAAGACAACUGAACGGCCUGCCAGACAGCUCAUUUUCUACAGACGAAAUACGCAAUGGUGGUGAGCUUCUUUAUAUAGUCGGCAUCUUCUAUACCUUAUUUGGAAUCCGAGAAGUCUGCUCUAGCUAUUUUAUGCCCAUUAUUGACUACAUUGUAAAUAAAUACUCUAUUUCCCCUGAUGUCGCUGGUGCAACUUUGAUGGCCUUAGGGAACUCUGCCCCUGAAAUCUUUAUCUGUUUCAUGAGUACGUUUAUUACGAAUGGUACAAUCGGAUUUUCAACUAUUAUAGGCUCUGGAGCAUUCAAUGCAAUACUUCUAGUCGGAAUCUGCGCUAUGAGUGCAAAAUCAGUUUUCGAGCUCCAGUGGUGACAAGUGGUGAGGGAUUUUAUGUUUAAUAUCGUCUUAUUAAGUCUUUUGUUGUUAUUCUGAAGCAACUUGUUUAUUGACUGAUAUGAGGGGAUAGUGCUUAUUCUUGUGUAUUUACUUUAUGCGUACUUUAUGAAGUAUAAUGGGCCGAUUGAGAGAUUUGUAAAAAAAAAUUUAUAUAUAAAUAAAAUGGCAUUCGGUUCGAGAGAAAUUAGCUCUGCUAAUUUUCUCUCCCUCAUGGAAUUUUAUUUAUAGGGUUAGGUUUUCACUCGAGAACUUCUGGACAGCAAUAGAAGUUUAACUCUGGGGAUAACCAGAGGAACCACUCCUCAGUCCACUCAAGAUUUCGGGCUUUUACCUCUCAGCACAUCCCCACGGGAGGAUGACCCUUAGGCGGCGGAAAACGCGCAGGAGCUGAGUCGAGUGACAAGGGCGACGGCAACGCGCCGGGUGAGAUGUGCAGCAAGGCUGGUGAAGCAGGAGUUGAUAGAAGGCUUGGAUGGGGCUGACCCGUGCCAAGAUGGCUCGCUUACGUCACUAGUUUUUGCCAUAGGCCCUUUUGGGCUGCGGCACUAGACACCUUAAACACCAGAUAAUUAAGUAAGUAAGUAAGUAAAAAAAAAUUUAAAUUUGCCGUAUGAAGGAGAUGAAGUUGACUUUAAGCCGCUUCCUGAAAAAGCGUUUAUAGUGAGAAGGGAUUCAGUUUCUGACCUUGAAGCGUAUAUAUAGCUCCUGAUUCAUUUUUGAGUCAUCAAAAAGGCUUUCGGCCAAAAUUGUCGAUUUCAAAAAAAAAGCAACUGCCAGAUUGGCAAACCAAAUCAUUUUAGCAAUCUUUUAAACCUCCAGUUAACAGAAAUCUCUGUGCAAAAACUCAAAAUUAUGCUUAAAUGCUCUAAAACUCUAUAAGGAUGCUUAACCUAUACCUCAAGAGCUCAAUUUCAAUAGAGGAAUCCUAGCAAAAAUGAAAAAAAAUGCCGAGCUUCAAAUAGUCAAAAAUGACUCAGCAGAAAACACAGAAAUUAGAACUAGAUUUAAAUAUAGUGUCUAUUUGAUUUUAAGAGCCAUCGAAGAGAAGAAAAAAUGCUCAAAACGGUUAAGAGAGCAAAGAGGGUUGAUAUAUCCUUACAAACACGAAGUUUUUAAUAGAGAAGAAAGUAUGGAAGGAAUGGCAAAAAUUAGAAAGCUACAAACGAUUGAAGAGAAAAAAGAAAUUUUUUCUGAAGUCAGAGCUUCACGAUCAUUAUUAAAGAGAGUUUUGAUAUGACUGAUGUUGCCACUUAAACUUUGCCUUAGAUUAUCUAUUCCAAACAUAAGCAAUCAUCCAAAGCUGUGGCUUAUUUCUAUGAUGAUGUCGCUAACUUGGAUUGGAGGUCUUAGUUUUUUACUAGUUUGAUGGACAACUGAUGUAGGAGUUGCUCUUGGGAUUCCCGAAAGUGUGCUUGGGAUUAUUAUACCUAUUUAAAAGGAUUAUUUUUUAAAAAAAAAAAUUCUAGAGAUUAUAUAUGAUAGGGUUUCAUCAUUAUAUUUUGGUAUAUUUUAGCAAUGGGAGUAUCAAUACCAGAUCUCUUGAACUCUCUCAAAGUCACUAUAGAGGGUCAUGGAGAUAUGGCACUAUCUGGAUGUAUAGGGUCUAACAUCCUAAACAUAGGGAUAGGAAUAGGAGUUCCAUGCUUCUUCGAAGCUGUGAUAAAUGAACCUAUUAAUAUCCCAGUUGAUUUAUACAUGGCUGAAUACCUCAUGAUGAGCAUAUUUGGGACUUCUUAUAUAUUUCUAGCCGGCUUCAAAUUUCAAUUAUCACAGCACUUUGGAAUUGUAAUGUUCUUUUUUUAUGCUACUUUCUUGACCUUAUUUCUAGUGUUUGAAUUUUUGAAAAUACAUUAA